CGGUUGUUCAUAGGGUCCCAGUACAUCAAGACAAGUGUCGAUGUUUACUACAACAAUGGUUGUAGGUCUGUCGUGUGUGAAGUACACAAAGCACUAUCUUGUUUUUGGUGUAAUGGUACCACCACACAGCUCGUAACGGGAGCUGUAUAAGUCUGUGUUAAAUUUAUAUGUGUAUUUGGAGGAUUUUACAAAAUCAUGAUGGAUACGAUGUCAAUAGUUGACGAGACCCGAGGGUCAAUCCACGAACAACACGACACAUAUACAGACAACGAUAACGAUGACAAAUACACAGUGGCCAGUACAGGCUCUACGGCCUUUACCCUGGGGUCUAAUUACACGACCGGAACAGACAACUUCAUCCCUGUGUCACGGCUGAGUAAACAUAGUUUUAAACUACGGACCACAUCAAGCUUUCCCAGUAUACUGAACCUCUAUCAGCAUCCGAUACUGGAGGAGGGAGGCGAUAAAAACGACCUUAUCGUCAAAAGACAUGGCGGGCGUCGACGACAUAUGCAACAGUCAAAGAGAGGUACAGAAAAAGGAAAGGUGGACUGGGAUCAAGUCAUAGAAUCACGCACAAAACAGGAAGGGUACAAUAUAAAACAAAGAGCUAUACGAAUCGAGGCAGUCGCUAGAGAUCAAAUGGAAAAAUAUGAAAAAUACAUAAAAAAUUUGAAAGCUAAAGUCGAGAUUCAACGAGAAGCACGCAAAAAGCAAUACGAGGAUCUAACAGAACGUCUGCGACAGAAGGAGGAAGAGGAUAAAAAACGGCGAUAUCUUGUAUUAAAAAGGCCUAAGAUGGAAUACGUCCAUGACAGAAAAUAUCUCAAGAAACUUCCAAAAUCUAAGUUUACAAAGAUGGUGCUGUUAUCGGAUGAUCUUCAGAAGAAGGGAGUUUUACACACCAGAACAGAUGUGGACCGAUUUUGGAACGAUUUCGGGAAAUCUGGAAUGGAAACCGAUAUUUUCGCUACAAAAGAUCCCCUGAAAGAAGUUCAAGAAUCAAAUGAAUGGAUAGGGCGACGACUUCCGGGCCCGCCCCCUCCCAGGAAGGACACAUAUGGAAAUAAGGGCUAUCCCCUUCCACCUCUCAUCAGCAAAAAGAAAAAGAAAAAACAAAAGCCAAUGGAAGAAUCAACAGGGCAAGGAGGAACUAUGAACGCGCCAAGCAUUCACAUAGAGGGUGACGCUGAGGAUACCGAGAAUUGAACUAGCAAUGUAUAACGUUAUUAAAUUGUAGACUCAGACUUUUUUCUUGUAUAGAAUAAAGCCUUUUGGUAAUGGUGACAUUGCUGAUUUUGCAUUCAGCAUCUCACACGAUCGGACCGGAUUAUCAAAGUUGUGGGAAAUAUUGUGGAAGUGCUUAACAAUACAAAACACAGUCAACCCCACUCGUCUAUGACCUUUAUUCAAAUUAUUCGACUACCAACAAAAACUGGUCAAACAUCAUUAUCUUGGUAUGUUAUUACUGAUGUCCUUUUUGUUUUGUAAAAACUUUUUACAAGUGUUUAAUUGAGACAACUUUGAGAUUGUCAUGAUGCGAGAGGAUUAUGAUAACAUUAAAAAUGUAAUGAUAUAAAAUCUUGGUACAUUAUAUGACAUAAAGAUAUAAUAAUCCACGCUGGUCCUAUCAAA